UUCAACCUUCAUACACACUCCAACUUCCAUUUAAGGAACUUACACUACCAUUCAUAACAAUGAUCGAGUUUUCAUUCGAUAAUCUAUUGAUCAAAGGUGCGGUUUUCGUGAUUGUUCAAGCUCUAGUUUAUCUCAUCCUGUCUAACUCCUCGAAUUUGUUCUCUAAGUCGAAGAUGGCGAGGUCGUUUAGCUUUAAACCUGCGCGAUCAGUUAGUAUUCGCCGCGUGUUUGCUGCCAUCGCGGAUAUGCCUCCUGGUGGCGAGGCGUCUCCUUCUUCGUCCACUAGGGGGGUUCCGAUCUUGUCGGAGGAGGAUGAUUUUUGUAAAUUUGAUUAGGUUCUAAAUAUUGUUGGUUGAUGUAUACAUAUUGUUUUAAGUAGUUCGAUAAAUUUUGUGGUUGUUUUGUGAAGAAUAGUUAAUAUAGUCUAUAGUUGUAUUGGUUUGUACUUUUUAUGUAACAACAUGUAAAUACUUAUUCAAUUAUUUCACCGUUAGGAUGGUGUAUCAAUUUUCAUCGAAUAAUAAAGGGUUAUUAGAUUUUAUCA